CUUCACCUUGUCGCACAGCUUCCGGAAAAGAAACCCAAAUGUAGACUGUGGAAUGUGUAGCGUUUUAAGCGAAUUUCCAUGAAACCACACGAAUUUUUUAACCUGUCUUUCAUCAAAAUAUGACUAGUCAAAGUGAGUUAACAAAAUUAAGUGAUGAGAGUUUGGCUCGACCACCCGAUGAGGUUUUUGAUAUAAUUUGUAAAAUAGGAAGAGGUGACCCUCUAAAGCGACUCCCAGAGGACGACCUUACAAGGUCACCGGAAGAAGUUUUUGAUAUUCUAGGCAAAUUAGGAGAAGGAUCCUAUGGGAGCGUAUACAAGGCUCUCCACAAGGAGUCUGGCCAGGUGCUGGCCAUUAAACAAGUCCCGGUGGACACAGACCUACAGGAGAUCAUUAAAGAAAUCUCCAUCAUGCAGCAAUGUGACAGCGUCUUCAUAGUCAAGUACUACGGCAGUUACUUCAAAAACACAGACCUAUGGAUUGUAAUGGAGUACUGCGGCGCUGGGUCAGUGUCAGACAUUAUGAGAUUACGCAAUAAAACACUAACUGAAGAUGAGAUAGCUACAAUACUCUACGAUGCUUUGAGAGGUUUGGAGUAUUUACAUUCCAGGAGAAAGAUCCAUAGGGACAUCAAAGCAGGGAACAUUCUGCUUAACACAGAAGGCCACGCUAAACUGGCCGACUUUGGGGUGGCUGGACAGCUGACAGACACCAUGGCCAAAAGGAAUACUGUGAUAGGUACACCAUACUGGAUGGCUCCAGAGGUGAUCCAGGAAAUUGGCUAUGACUGUGUGGCAGACAUCUGGAGUCUAGGGAUAACAGCGCUGGAGAUGGCAGAGGGUAAACCACCUUAUGGUGACAUUCAUCCAAUGAGGGCAAUAUUCAUGAUUCCUACAAAACCUCCACCAUCAUUCAGAAACCCAGAUAAAUGGUCUCCAGAAUUUAUAGACUUUGUCUCAAAAUGUCUUGUCAAAAAUCCAGAGCAAAGAGUUUCAGCAGCUGAACUUAUGCAGCAUGAGUUUAUCAAAAAUGCAAAACCUCGUGAAGAUCUGCUCAGAAUGAUCAACGACGCCAAAGAAAUCCAGGCAGCUCAAAACAGCAUCAUCACCAAUGGCGAUGACUCGGAUGGGGAAGAUGAUGUUGACCAUGGAUCAACCAUGAAGAAAACUGACGAUUCAACCAUGAAAUCUACUUCAGAUACUCUAGUGAAAAGUGAGAGUGGAACAGUUGUUGUCAACAGUGAAGCCAGCACAAUGGUCGAGUCUGAUCUCGGUACGCUCGUAAUUAACGAGGACUCGGAGGACGAUUCAACAAUGAAACGAUGUGACACGGUGGUGAAAAAGCCCCCCGACUCUGGCUACAAAAGCAACAGUAGUAGCAGUAGUAGUAGGCAUGACACAGCCAAUGAAGGCAAAGACAAAUACAGACCCUCCUUCCUCGAUCAUUUUGAAAAGAAGGAACAGGACAAGGUUGCACCCCCACGGGCACAGCCCCAUGUGACCCCACCCCUCAAACACGUCACGCCACCUCACCAUUCCCAAAGGUCUUUCAUUGAUGGAGAUUUCGAUUUUCUAAGAAAUCUUCCAUACGAGGAACUUGAAUCCAGAUUGUCUGACCUUGACCCCGAAAUGGAGAGGGAAAUUGACGAAUUACGAGCUCGUUACCAGGCAAAGAGACAGCCCAUCUUGGAUGCAAUUGAUGCUAAAAAGAAAAGACAGAAUAAUUUCUAAGGUCUAUUCAGGAACUCUUUCCUGUGUUUUAAACUGUGAUGUAUGAAGAGAAUGGAUUUCUUGAAAAUUAAGUCACAUUGUAGUAGAUGGUGCUGAGAAUUGUUUGGAGAAUUGUGAUAAUAUUUUUCAGUCAUGAUUUUUUUUUUAAAAAAUCAUGUUUCAGUUUGGUUUUGAAAAAUCUUUAGUGAGAUUAUUUUCUUAAUCAUUGCAGCUGAUUUUAUUUUUCUCCUUUAUUACAAUUUUCAUUCAAGAAUCAUUUAUUUGAAAUUUUCUUUGACCAUGUAUACUUUUCAAGUAUAUUGCUAAACAGUUUAUAUUUGAAUGUCCUAGUCAUGGAACUAAUGACGAGGCUGUUUGAUAAUUUGGUUUGAGGUUUGUUUGUCACCAGCUGUUAUUUGAUAAAUUAAUAGUGCUUCCUUCUUGUUUAUUUUCUGAGAAGUUUACCCAGUACUUAAUUCGUUACUGGGGUAAUCAAUAUGUUGCUCACGUCUAUGAAAAGAAAACCCUACUUUUAUCCUUAUAUUUAUCAAAACGUGAAAUAGUCUAAGAACUGAACUUUGAAAAACUGUCUAUUUAAGCAUUUUAAGAAUUAUUUAUUUUAAAAAUAUCAGUUUACAUAUUAGAGCUUGAUGGGAAAAGGGAGAUAUGGUUUACAGGCAUGUAAUUAUUUUUUGUAAACCCACCAGCUCUAUAGCUUGUGAAUAUUUGAAAUAGAUGAAGAUAAUUUUGUAUUUUAUUUAACCCAGUUAAGUGUGUGGAUUUGUACUAGCUUGUUAUGGACUCAGUAUACUGUUAAUAAGUGUGUUGCUGAUUCUCAGAUAUAUUCUAAAAAUCAUUCAGUUCAUCACUACACUGUGGAAAAUCAUUAAUUUCAUCAAUUAUAUUAUCAUUGCCGGUUUGAUUGAAACAGUUAUUUUAGUAUAUUUCUGUUGAAGUAAUAUUCAGUGGACUGAUUCACAUUAGAAUUUCAUUGUAUGUGGUUCUUGCCACCAUUGUACAUCAAAAUCUUUUAAUUACUGAAGGAUGGGUUUAUGUACCAUAUAAUGUACAAAAAUUAUGUCCAUAUUGUCUUUAAUUUAAUGCCAAUUGUUGGGAUGAUAUUAGUAUUUUAAUUGACCUCAGACAAUGACUUUGUUUUUGCACAGUUGCUCUAGUCCUUGGGUCACUGUACACCAAAAUUUCACUGUUAUAUCAUGAUCAUCAUUUCUCAUAUAUUGUACAUGUAUGUAAGUGGCCAACCCAAAGUGCCAUGAUAUUUGCUAUGGUUGGAUUAUUGUCAGUUAAUAAGUCAAAUCUAAAUAGACAAAUGACUUCUUUUCAAAUGUAAUCACAAUGUAUGUUGUAGAGAGCAAUAAUAGAAACGACAAAGAUUCUGUGAGAUGAAAUCUAUGAAAAAAGAUAAAAUUCAUCAUUUUUUUUUAGUUAAAUGUUUAUUUUAAAAUUACUUAUAAAUGUAUGUUAUGUGAAUAUUCUUGGUAAUUAAGAGAGGACUUUAAUUGUUUUUGAUUAUGAUAUAUACAGAAUGCAUGUCUGUUUUCAUCAGUUUGAGUACAUUUCUGUUCAGAAUAAACACUGUACAUGAUAGUGCAAUAAUAUAGAGGUGUGAGCUGUACAUUUUAAAUAUUCUAGAUUAGUAUGAAUACUUAAUAUAUGUUUGUUCU